UCAAAUCAAAAGUUUCAAUCGCAGCGUACUGCCCAAAGACAGAAGAAUCCCAGAAAAAAAAUUCAAUAUGACCGCCACCGCCAUUCGCAGCUUGAACGAUUUCCACAAACGUUUGGAGGCCGCCGAUAGAAAAUUGGUUGUCUUGGACUUCUAUGCCACCUGGUGUGGACCUUGCAAGGAAAUGGAAGGCACCGUUAAAUCUCUGGCCCGUCAAUAUGCCGGCAAGGCGGUGUUCAUUAAAAUCAAUGUGGAUAAAUUUGAAGAGCUCACGGAGAAAUAUAAUGUCCGCAGCAUGCCCACUUUUGUAUUUCUCAAGGGUAUGAGACGUGUCAGCAGUUUCUCCGGAGCCGAUGAUGAUAAGCUGAUCAGAACUGUAACCAAACUGGCCAAAUAGAAGACGGAUGAGAACUGGAAUCCGGGCAGGCGCCGGCGUCGAAUCCCAUUUUGAUAUAUAUGUAAUUUUAAAAUAUUCCGUUUUUGUGAACAAAUUGUGACCAUGUCUUAUAUAGUUUAAGUGAAUUUGUGAUGUAACUAGUAAUUGUCUAUUCAUUCCACAUAUAUAUAUAACUCGAAAUGCUUGUAAUACACUAAAAUAAAUACAACUUGUGACGUAAUGGUACAGAGA